GAAGCUAUGACUAUUGGUGACUCUAUCAUGAGUUCUGACUCUAUAUCAUCUAAUACUGAUAGUUUAAUAUCGAAUGCUGAACAAUUGUUUAUCAUAUCAGAGGGUGUACAGAUAUUCUAUAUUACACCAGAAGGGUUUGUUAGUGCGCCAUCCUACCCCUCAACUUUAAGAUUAUGUAAGUUUUCUGAAGAAGCUGCCGUGGGUGCUACUAAUGCUGCUCCACCACCACCGGCAUUCUUACAGGUGGGUAAUUGGAUAUAUCCGUUGAUACCAGAUACCUCACCAGCACUACAGACUAGUUUUGGAGCUUAUAUCUUUCCUGAUACUCUUUCACAAGUUCCAGGUGCCACAGUGGGUGUAAUGUUUCCUGAAACUGUUACCCCUGAAGAGAGAAGAACAUUUGAAGAGAUCCUGUCAUCUUUGACUGUGAUGAAAGAACAACAGAGUGAAAUUCAACCAGCAGAUCUGACUUUACCUUCUGCUCCUUCUGUAUGGGAGGCCCCCCCUGCUGAACAAGUACAUCCUGCUGAACCAGUCAUCUCACAACCUAAUUGGAUAGCAUGGGGUCUAGGUAAAGGAGCAGAGAAAGCUAAUGAAUUAGUUAAGAGUGGUUCAAAAGUUAUACAGAAACAUAUAAACCCGGCAGAACGUCCUAGUCAUAUAGAUCCGAAGGUACAGAAAAGCUUGACGUAUGCUAGAAAGGGUACACAUGUUGCAGUGUCUGUGAGUUCAUAUGUAGUGAGUAAAUUAGGAGCAGCAACAGUUAUGUUAGGAAAACAACUGGCACCUCAUGUCAAAAAACAUGGUGAAAAGUUACUACCUAAAUCAUUAACCAAGGACACUGGUAGUAAAUCUAAAGUUAGUGGUGUUUUGGAAGUUACUGUUAGUGGUAUCAAAGGUUUUAGUACAGUAUAUUUGGGACUGGAGACAGCAGCUAAAUCUCUAGCUAAAAACCUGGCCAAUGAAACAGUGGUUGUUGUCAGUCACAGAUAUGGUACAGAAGCAGGAGCAGUUACAGAUAACACCCUCUACACAUUUGGUAAUGUUGCCAUGACAGCUUAUAAUGUUGAUAAUUUAGGAGUGAAAGCAAUGGCUAAGCGUGCUGUAAAAGAUACAGGAAAAGCUGUUAUUUAUAAAUAU